GGCAAUUAUUAACUUGAGGAUAACCUAUGAAAGAAGAUCACAGCAUGUUCAGGAAUUCAAGUAAAAGUUCCAGUGGACAUUCAAGUUGCUAAAAUGACCAGGAUCUCUUGAUAUUGACAUGGAAUGUAUGAAUUAGCUCCUGUCAGAAAACUGUAACGCUUGGAUGUUUCCUAUGGUGUCCUCUUACACUUUGCAUUAUACUACCCUGCCAGAAAACACAUCUAUUAAAGAAUAAAACAAUUGAAGAAACAUGUCUAACACUGCAGAAAUAAUCAAUCUAUCGUUUCUAUUAGAGCAUGAAAGAGAAACAAUAUUGGGAGUAUUAAAAAGAGAUGAAUACUUGAAAAAAAUGGAAGAUAAACGAAUCAGAAAACUAAAGAAUGAGUUAUUAGAAGUGAAGCGUAAAGGUGGACGGCAUCGCCAACAGGAUAACAGCAGGGUCUGUGUUCGCUGUCAGAAAAAUUUGGGCUUAAUUUUUGGCAGAGGAGACCACUGCCAAAUAUGUGGCCUGAGAGUUUGUAACAAAUGUCGCAUUAUAGGAAUUGAUGGCAGUUGGAAGUGCACAGUGUGUGAUAAAAUUGCGCAGCUGAGGGUAGUAACUGGUGAAUGGUUCUUUGAAGAGAGAGCAAAACGCUUCAAGCAGUCCAAGCUCCUUGGAACUGAUAUUGUUCGGCAGUCUAUUCUUCGCAAAGCCCCAGAUUCUUCCUCUGAACUCAUAGAAGGCAGAUCCAAAGAUCCUUCUCCAAAAAGCUUAGAGGAUACAUCAAAGCAAGAUAUGUUAGCUUCAUUUACAAGUGGGACAAAAUUAGUUCUCACUGGGCCUAGGAAAAUAGGAAAGGUUCUUAAGGCAGUAACUAAAGAAGUUAUAAAUGGGAAGGCAGAAGAUAGAAAAAGCAUUAGCUCCGACACUGAUGUCCAGAGUGACCACAAUGCCAAUCGGGGGAACACUUUUUCCUCAUAUAGUAAUGAUCUUGAGGACAUAACUGGCAACAUGAAAAAUGCUGUAAGCCAAAGCAAUGCUUCCACUCCACUCUAUCCAAGGUCACCAGCACUGAGUGCACGCAGCAUGACUGUUGACUACAGCAGGGUUUCUGAAUUAGAAAACAGCAUUGUUAUGCCUGUCAGUGAAAGUAUCCCUGCAGAUUUGUCAAAAAGGCAUCGUAGGAAAGGAUCUAGAACACCUUCUGUGGCAACUUCAAGGACAUCUUUAUCAUCUGAUCACAGUAGAUCAGAGAGAGAUCUCAGUGGAUCCUUUUCAGAAGGAAAUGAAAAUACUUUAAGCUUAAGAAGUAAAUCAGUACCUGGAGCAUUGGACCAUGAUCUGGACUACCUGAAUGAAGCAGAAGAGGAUAUGGAUGACAUUAUAGCCUCUGGCUUUUCAAAAAGGCAGAGUAAUUUGGCAAGUGGAUUUUCCAUGACUAGCAUUAACAGUAUGAUGAGUGUUUACAGUGAAACUGGGGACUAUGGCAACGUGAAGAUCAGUGGUGAAAUUUGUCUGCACAUCAGCUACAACUAUAAAACAGGGUCCCUUAACAUACUUGUAAAAAAAUGCAAGAACUUAGCCAUUGCUGAUGAAAAGAAGCGAAGAACAGAUCCUUAUGUCAAAGCAUAUCUUCUGCCAGACAAGUCUCGCCAAAGCAAACGGAAGACAAAAAUCAAAAGCAAUAGCACUGAUCCAGAAUUCAAUGAAAUGCUUAAGUAUGUCAUCAGCCACACACAACUUGAGACUCGGAAUCUACAGCUUUCUGUCUGGCAUUAUGACAGAUUUGGGCGUAACAGCUUUCUUGGAGAAGUGGAAAUUCCCUUGGACUCCUGGAACUUUGAAAAUCAGGCUGAUGAAUGGUUCAUGCUUCAGCCCAAGAUGGAGAUUGCAACUGAUACUGGGCUGCAGUACAAAGGAGAAUUAAUAGUUGUUUUACGCUACACCCCACCUGAGAGGAACCUAACACUUCCCCUGGGAGAGAUUCAAGGAAAGAAGAGGGCAAAGAAAGAGAAGAGGGCAACCUCGCAACUACCAUCAGGAGGCAUAUUGGAAAUUGUCAUCAAGGAAGCCAAGAAUUUAAUGGCUGUGAAAUCAGGAGGCACUUCAGAUACAUUUGUGAAAGGAUACUUGCUUCCUGACAACAACAAAUCUUCCAAGCACAAAACUCAUGUAAUAAAAAAGAGUGUGAAUCCCCACUGGAAUCAUACAUUCACUUUUAGUGGUUUGAACCCUAGAGAUAUAUACAAUGUCUGUGUAGAACUCACUGUCUGGGACAAGGAGUCUCUUGCCAGCAAUAUCUUCCUGGGAGGUGUUCGCUUGAGUACUGGAAGUGGUAUAAGCAAUGGUAAAGAAGUUGACUGGAUGGAUUCUCAAGGAGAAGAGCGACUGCUUUGGGAAAGAAUGAUUGACUGUCCUGGAGAUUCUGUGGAAGGUGUAUUAAUGCUGAGAUCUAGCAUGGGGAAAUGCAGACUCUAGAGGAAUAUGGUUUGCACAAGAUUGACAAUAGUGUAAUUUUAAAUUUUAAUAAGAUGUAAUGGAGGCUGGUCUUCUGUCAUGAUUUGCACAUGUAAACAUAGGGAAGUUUACUUUUCCUCUGAAUUUAAAUUUUCUGAAGUAGAUUAUGAAUGCAUUCAGCACUUUCCUAAAUCCAUGCUCUAGCUCUUGUAUUAACUUACCCAGGUUAAGUCAGUACUAAGUCAUUUCCAAAACUAGAUUUGCUGACUUGUUAGAAUGAAGCCAUAUACAGUAAUGCCCUCUACAGAAUAUGGCUUAAAGAGCUUCUUUUAUUAUUUCAAUACGUUUUCUCAGAAAAGAAAUGUCAGUGAUUGAUAAAUGAGUGAAAAGUCAGUGAGGCUUGUUCAUUAUAAACCCAUUUUAAAUAAGCCUAAUGA